GAAUGUUUUUGUAAUAUAUAACAAUUUGAAGGUAACCGGAAAAAAAAUUGCUUGGUCAGACCUUUCACGACGUUUGACCAAAGCAGCGUCGACGAACCUUUCUUAAUUCUAAGUUAAUUAAAUGUCAACUGACAGUAUAUAUAAUCCACGCCAUGAAAUUGCGACUCAAAAUUGAACCCAAACGCAAAAUCAUGAAGCUUUUUCCCAGAGUGGCCUCCGCCUUAAUUUUCCACAACCCGCCGAAAAGUCCUGCCCGGGAGAACCGCCAAGUCGCCGGACGAGGGUUUUCCGGUCCAGUAAAGAUCUCGACCAUACCAAAAGAAGCGCAGUCCAAAUCGAAUAGCUCGGGAUUCGAGACGCCGGAGCCAACUUCGCCGAAAGUUUCGUGCAUCGGCCAAAUCAAGCACAAGAAGAAGAUGAAGGAAAUAGCGAGGAAUGCUGCUGCGGCGGCGGCGGCUAAAAUUUCCCAGCCGAAAAAGCGGCAUCCGCCGUCGGUGAUUAAGAGAAUUUUGACCGGUGGGAAAAUACUCGGGAGGGCGAAAUCAAACCAUGUGGCGGCUCCAUCGAGAAACCACCGUGGUGGUGGGAAGCCACCGCGGUUGAAUCAGAUGAAGCGAUUCUCGAGUGGACGUGACACGUUGGCGAGUUUUGAUUGGACGGCGCAGAUCGUACCAGCUGACUUGGAAGGAGAGGAGACGGAGGGCGAUGGGCGGAGUCCGGUGUCGGAGACAGUGUGGAUCGGAGAAGACGUGGGCCCACUGCAACCCAGAAAGGAGGUGAAUAUAUGGAAGAGAAGAACCGCCGUUCCUCCCACACCUCUUCAACUCAAUUCCAGUUGAUAUUUCAGUUUUUUUUUCUUUUUCGUUUUGGUAAUUAACGCCAAAAGAAUAUGUACAUCUAUAUUUUACAAGGCCCAUUUACCCAUAUUUCCAAUUGGGCCCCAAAAUUAAACAAAAUGGGCCUAAAACAAAGCCCACUCAGAACAGAUAUAAAUGUACAGAUUCCUCUGUCAGUAAUUCAAAAUAGAUAGAGAAAAUGACAGAAAUUAAUUAAAUAAUUGAUGGGUAGUUGUGUAAUAGUGUCUUCUGUGGAGGGGAAGUCAAUGCAUAUAAGCUAUUAUGUUAU